AUUCCACAAUUCUCUCCUUCUCCGCUUCUGCUUCUGUUUGUGUGUUUCGUCCGAGGAUUCUUCUCCACACGAAAGAUGAAGCUGAAGCAACUAGAAGGCCUCCUUGGUGAUCUUCAACAGUUCUCCAACCCAAAGGCGGAGCUGGAGCAAUACCCAACUGGACCCCACAUUGCCUCUCGCAUUCUCUUCACUGCCGAGAAUUCAUUUGGGGAUGUGAGCAACAAGGUAGUGGCUGAUCUCGGCUGUGGCUGUGGUACAUUAGGUGCUGCAGCAGCUCUUUUGGGUGCAGAACAAGUUAUUGGCAUCGACAUCGAUUCACAAUCUCUUGAAAUAGCAUCACAAAAUGCAGAGGAUCUUGAGUUGGACAUAAAUUUUAUUCAGUCUGACAUCAAGAACUUAGGAUGGAGAGGUCAAAUUGUUGAUACUGUUGUAAUGAAUCCUCCAUUUGGAACCCGGACGAAGGGUGCUGACAUGGAUUUCCUCUUUGUGGCUUUGAAGAUUGCUUCACAAGCAGUUUAUUCCUUGCAUAAGACCUCAACAAGAGAUCAUAUCAAAAGGGCAGCCUUGCGAGACUUCAAUGCUAGCAGUGCUGAGGUUUUAUGUGAGCUUCGAUUCGAUGUCCCGCAACUAUACAAAUUUCACAAGAAAAAGGAAGUGGACAUUGCCGUGGACCUCUGGCGAUUUGUGCCCAAAGAUAAUCAAGGAAAGGAAGGAAAGGACACCUAGCUUCACAUCAAAUCAUGCAUAUGGGUUAUCAUAGUGGAAGAAUGUACUCACAAAAACAGAUGUAGGAAUGUGUCUUCAACUCUAUCCAAAUCCAUUGUAACAGGGCUUCUUGAAAACGAGAGCCAAUUUUAAGCAGGAUCAGAUCUCCCUACUCUUGAACACGAAAACAUGGUUUCACUUUUCAUGAUGGUCACCCAUUAGAAAUGCAGAGCUUACAUUUGUAAUGCCUAGGA